AGAAUAAGGGCGACCAUUUGUCAAAUUUCGCGCCUCCUCUAUAAAUUCGGGGGAAGGUGACCAGGGGGAGUAUCUGCUUGUGAUUUUGAGAAACAUCAAAAGAGGGAAAAAAAACCCCAAACAAACCAGGUUUUCAUUGUUAUUGUGGGAUCAUUUCUCCAGCGUUCAAGAGAGAGAAAGGCAACAUCAAUGGAGAAUCCACAUGGUGCUGCUAGCUUCUGGACGCAAACAGAUGCACUGUUCAGGAAAAAUUUGGUUCUCCAGAAACGAAGAAAGAAGGAAACUUGUCAGCUCCUCUUAUUCCCAGUAAUGCUUUGCACGUUGCUUUAUCUGCCCAAGUUCUUCUCGUCACAAGGUGUAAAACUAGACAACGCCUUUCCUCCGGGGUAUGUGUGCUCGGAUGUUGAGCAGGUCCACAACUUCACUAAAUGUUUGAUUCCUUGGCCGCACGAAUUCCCUCCGUUACUGCAAAUACCAGACUCUAGGGAUCGUGCAGUAAGAACUGCUUUUCUACCAUUUGGAGAUUUACCUGAUGGGUCAUGCAAGAAGACCAACUCAUGUCCUGUAACUGUUCUUGUUACCGGGAGCAAUAAGUCCCUGGUACUAGAUUUGGCUGGACGGUUUUUUCCAAGGUCUUCCAUUUUGAAUACCUCUGACAUCUUGAAUGGAUUUGCUGAUGGUGUGUUUGGGUCGUCGGUUUUUGUCGAUCGUGCAAACUAUAGACCAAAAAUGUAUUUCGAUCCAGCUUUUUUGCCGGAAGUCACUAUCUAUAACAUUCAACGUCGGUGUCGUCGGAACUCUUCAUCAUCCUUGGGAUCCGAGGGAAAUAAAAUAGAUAUUAAAUGCAUCAAGGGUUUACGUUUGUGGCGCAAUAGUUCUUCUGAGAUCAAUGAUGAGAUUUUCAAGGGUGACCCGGACGGGAAUUCUGAACGAAUAGCCAAUGAGAUAAUAGCAGCCUACGAUCUCUUGAACUCAAAUGACAAGAAGUUUAACACCAGUGUAUGGUACAAGUCUGCCUUGAAUGAGGGCGAUCAAGGGAAGAACUCUAUGAUGAGGGUUGCUCGCUCAGUGAAUUUGGUCUCCAAUGCCUAUCUUGAGUAUCUUCGUGGGACUGAUUUCAAGAUUCUCUUUGAGUUUGUCAAAGAAAUGCCCAAACAUCCAGAUUCGUCAUCAGCGUCGGUGGACGAUCUCAUUGCUAUGUUUUCCACCACCUUCUUUGUAUGGAUUGUUCUACGGCUAAUUCCAGUUAUAUUGAAAAAUCCGGUUUACGAGAAGCAAGAGAACAUACGAAUUAUGAUGAAAAUGCAUGGGCUUGGUGAUGGACCGUAUUGGUUGAUCUCUUACAUUUAUUUCCUUCCCAUAUCUUCAGCUUACGUGUUGUGUUUUGCUGCAUACUGCUCGUUUCUGGGAUUAGGGUCAUUCAAGACCCACGACUACAGUUUGCAAUUUGUCUUUUUUUAUGUCUAUAUCAACUUGCAAAUUGCAUUUUCCUUUCUAGUCGCUCGAAUGCUCUCAAAAGUUAAAACUACUUCAGUUGUAGCAUAUCUUAUUGUCUUUGCAACUGGGCUGGUAGGAGUCCGUUAUUUUCAGGACAAAGUUGAUGAUCCAUCAUUCCCAAGAAACUUGGUUACAGUAUUGGAGCUGUAUCCUGGCUUAGCUCUCUAUCGUGUGUUUCAUGAGUUUUCAGUAAAAGCCCGUGAGGCAAGGCUUUCACACACUGGUGGGAUGACAUGGGAAGAUCUGAAUGAUAGAAGCAAUGGCAUGAAAGAAGUGUUGAUAAUCAUGGUUGUAGAAUGGUUUGGGUUUCAUUUUGUCUCCUACUAUCUUGACAACAAGAGUUCUAUAUUUUGCUUCCGAAGGAAGCCUAAUCCUUUUUCCCAGAGGACUUUUUCGAGCGAUUUCAGUUCUGCGGAGAAUGCUGACAUCGCCCAAGAGAGGGAAAAGGUUGAAGAGUUGCGUGUCCGGCCAGACAGAACUUACUCUGUCAUUUGUGACAAUCUGAGGAAAGUGUAUCCCGGAAUGGAUGAAAAUCCUCAAAAAGUGGCAGUUCAUGGGUUGUCUCUUGCAUUGGCUAGUGGAGAAUGUUUUGGUAUGCUCGGACCAAAUGGUGCAGGGAAAAGCACUUUUAUCAAGAUGAUGAUUGGGCUGACACAGCCUAGUGCUGGGACAGCAUUCGUUGAGCGUCUGAACAUACAGACUGAGAUGGAAAGAAUAUAUACCAGCAUGGGUGUCUGUCUGCAGCAUGACUUACUUUGGGAAACACUUACCGCAAGGGAGCACCUGCUUUUUUAUGGUAGGCUCAAGAAUCUCAAAGGUCCGGCCUUACACCGAGCGGUGGAAGAAUCUCUUAGCAGUGUCAAUCUACUUAAUGGAGGAGUUGCUGACAAGCAAGCUGGUAAAUACAGUGGAGGCAUGAAAAGGAGGCUUAGUGUUGCCAUUUCGCUGAUUGGAGAUCCCAAAGUUGUCUACAUGGAUGAGCCGAGUACUGGGCUGGAUCCAGCUUCCAGAAGUGAAUUAUGGAAAGUUGUGAUGCGUGCAAAGAGGAACAGAGUGGUUAUAUUAACCACACAUUCAACGGAGGAAGCAGAACAUCUCUGCGACCGUUUAGGAAUAUUUGUUGACGGCAGUUUGCAGUGCAUUGGAAAUGCAAAACAGUUAAAGGCCCGAUAUGGGGGAUUUUAUGUCUUCACAAUUACUACAUCACCCGACCAUGAGCAAGAAGUGGAGAGGUUGGUUCGUCGUCUCUCACCGAGCGCUAACAAGACAUACCACCUAUCAGGAACUCAAAAGUUUGAGCUUCCAAAAAACGACGUCAAAAUUGCAGAUAUGUUAGAAAUUGUUGAGGUUGCAAAGGGCAAAUUCACUGUUCAGGCAUGGGGUAUUGCUGAUACCACCUUAGAGGAUGUCUUCAUCAAGGUGGCACGUGGGGCAGAGGCAUUCAACGUCAUUUGAUUGCUGAAUAUCAUGUUUGAGGAUUCUGCAUUACUACGCUACUAAAAAACUGAUCUACUUCAUAAUUUAAUUUUUAUAGACCGGUGAAAAAUCGACACUAUACAAAUUGUAAUUUGGUU